GGAUUGCUUAUCUAUUAAUAUAUAUUAUAGAAAAAUUGGUCUUUUUUUUCAUUGUUUUUUACUGCGUUCAUCUGAAACUCAUGGCAAAAGAAUUAAGCUAUAUGCAGCUCAAGACGGCAAACGAAGCAAGACAAUCGGAUGAGCAAAGAAGUGAGUUUAGAAAAAAAGAAAUUCUUGUGCUUGUGUUGGGAUAUCUUACUGACCAAGGUUACUUGGACACGGUUAAGACUUUGCAAAAUGAGUCAGGUCUUAGUUUGGAGAACUAUUCAGUUUGUGAUAACAUUGAUUUACCUGCAAUACUGCAAGAGUACGAAUCAUAUUAUAAUGUGAAGUUUAAAAAGUUUCCCAAAUUCAUAAAGAAAAUACAACGUGCAAUAAAUUCAAAAUCUGCUCAAGGAUUGCAAAGCAAAGUUAAAUUAAAAAAUCGUGGCAGCUCCUGCUCAUUGCCCAAUAUAAAUGCACACAAACUUGAAAACGAGACAUUCACUCCUCAUUCGCCAAGUAAUAGUACUCAAAAAGCUUCUUUAAAAGCUUCUGUGGUUAAGACCAAAUCAUUGACAACUAUAGAUCAAGAUAAGCUUACUCUGGUGGGAAAUUCAUUAUCUAAUGAACACAUUGCCAAGGACACAUUACAGACAGUUCAAAAUAUACAUGGAAAGAAUGUGAUUAUUGACAUGAAAGCAUUGUUAACCAAUGCAGUUAAAUGUAAUGACCUUAGAAAUGCCAGUGACUCAACAGACAAAUUACUAAAGCCACUGGCAGGAUUUGCUGGCCUGACAGGUGAAUGGCGUGAACUUGCUGCUGUCAUCAGUAGAGACAUUUACUUGGAUAAUCCUGAUGUAUAUUGGAAUGAUAUUGUUGGUCUUGAAAGUGCAAAACGACUUGUUAAAGAAGCUAUUGUUUAUCCCAUUAAAUACCCUCAACUUUUUAGUGGGAUUUUGUCACCUUGGAAAGGACUUCUUUUAUAUGGUCCACCUGGUACUGGUAAAACAUUACUAGCAAAAGCAGUGGCAACAGAAUGCAACACAACUUUUUUUAACAUAUCUGCAUCUACAAUUGUCAGCAAGUGGAGAGGGGAUUCGGAGAAGUUAGUCAGGGUACUAUUUGAGCUUGCUCGUUUUCAUGCACCUUCAACAAUUUUUCUUGAUGAACUUGAGUCGUUAAUGAGCCAGCGAGGUGCAGGGUCAACUGGUGAUCAUGAAGGCAGUCGAAGAAUGAAAACUGAGCUCUUAAUUCAAAUGGAUGGUUUAGCAAAGUCUAGUGAUCUUGUCUUUCUAUUGGCUGCAUCAAAUUUACCUUGGGAACUUGAUCAUGCUAUGCUACGACGUCUAGAAAAAAGAAUUUUGGUAAACUUGCCUUCUGAAGAAGCUCGUAAACAAAUGCUUAAAAAUCUUAUGCCACCUCUCAUCAAUUCAAGAACAAAUGGACUUGAUUUAAAAACAGAAAUAGAUUAUGAUUUUUUUGCCAAAGAACUUGAGGGCUAUUCAGGUUCAGACAUCAACUUAUUAUGCAAAGAAGCUGCAAUGCGGCCAUUAAGAAAAGUCUUUGACAUUCUAGAGAAUGAUGAUGGAGAAAAACCAAACACCUUUCAACAGUUGCUUUUAAAUCCAGUGACUAAUGAAGAUAUGCAAUCUGCUCUAUCUACUACAAAACCAUCUGCCCGACGAUUGCAUGAAAAAUACGCAAAAUGGCAGAUGGAAUAUGAAUCUGUGUAAGUUACAUCUUUUUAAGAAAAUGACAUGAUUAAAAGUGGCGAAGUUUUUACUCAAAGUAAGACCCUGUUUUCUUUGAGCAAAGUUUUUAUGAAAAUAAACAAACUUUACACGAUA